AUGAGAAGCAAAUCCAUCUUAGCUGGUGCCGUUAAUGUUCCAAUUGAACCAACAUCAAAUGUUGACUCACGAACGACAAACAAUAUUGUCAUAAAGAACUAUAGUUCGGAGUGUUUGAAAGAAAAAGAACCAGAUCUUAAGUCGGUGAAUUUAAACACAGCUUCAAACGCUAACGCUACAUCAGAUGUUAAGUUAGAGUAUCCACCACUGGACCAAGUUCUUUCAAGAGAAGCCAA